GUAGGUCAGACUGAGCGGAGAGUCAGAGGGUUUAUUUAACUCGUCGCUCCAAACUCCCCCACUUCCCCGACGCGCCACUCAGAGAGGGAGGACUUCCUCCUGCGGCGGGACCACAGAGUGGGAUUUACAUGGACUUAAACUAAACGCACUUUAGAUAUAGCGCAUACACUUAAAGCUGUGCUUAAAAUGAAUAAUUCAACAUUUUUAUAGGAUUUUUUUGUUGUUGUUGAGACGCUCAAGUCUACUCCACUCCGCCUCUAAAUACAUGCGUGUUUGUUUGCGGCUAAAUCGGUGAAAUAUAUUUAUAUAUAUUUGGACCCGAACAAAGAAUGGAGCGGAUUCCAAGCGCGCAACCUUCCCUCUCCAAACACCAGCCUGAGCUAUCAGACAUGCAGGGGAUGGAUAUCCAAAUGUAUGUUUAUAAACCUAGAAGAGGGAUCAAAAGGGGUGAAGAGAACAAGGAUACUUACAAGCUGCCCCACAGACUUAUCGAGAAGAAAAGGCGCGAUCGGAUAAACGAAUGCAUCGCUCAGCUGAAAGAUUUAUUACCCGAACACCUGAAACUCACUACUCUGGGCCAUCUGGAGAAGGCUGUGGUUUUAGAGCUGACACUCAAACAUGUAAAGGCCCUCACGUCUCUUCUGGAGCAGCAGCAGCAGAAGAUCCUCGCUCUGCAGACUGGCGUGCAAAUUGAGCAGCCCCCUGUUAGCCAGGAGAAGUCAGAGGAACUGUUUCGCUCUGGUUUCCACAUGUGUGCCAAGGAGAUUCUCCAAUAUCUAGCAAAUCAUGAGACAGAAGGAGACUUGAAUCCAACUCGACUGAUCAGCCACCUUCACCAACUGGCUGCUGAAGUGCUGCAAAGCCCAACCAGACCCCUUACCCCUCUCAGUCCCAAACCUAAAGAGGUUCAAGUCUACCAUCAGCGCCAGGACCACAAAGAAACACCCACCACCUUACCCCCUAAACCUGCUGAGGGUUAUGGGAGGAACUGCGUCCCGGUUAUCCAGCGAGCGUAUGCUCCAACUGGUGGCGAGCAGAGCGGCAGUGACACAGACACAGACAGUGGCUAUGGGGGGGAGCUGGAGAAAACUGAAGGCAGGGCACUGCAGGGACGCUCUGAUUAUUACAGCCAUGACAGCCAGCAGAAACGACCACUGGGAGACAGGCAGAGCUCUGGCAUCAAACAAGAGGAUGAUGAGCCUCGCCACAAACGGCCCCGCAUGGAGUCUUCUGAGGAUGAGGUGCUCUCAGGUGGAGAGUCAUCAAUGUCAUCAUCCUCCAGUGGUUAUGGUAGUUACAUGAGCACUUCCCCAAGCCAUCCGCCUCCACCUACCCACCCUCUCUGCAUGCCGUUCUACCUCAUCCCCCCCUCAGCUGCAGCUUACCUACCAAUGCUGGAGAAAUGCUGGUAUCCUGGAGCUGUGCCUAUGCUCUACCCUGGCAUGGGAGGCUCCUCACCCACCAUGUCUGGCGAGAGACCACCCCCACCGCAACUUGUGAUGUCUCCCAGAGGAGGCUCUCCUGCUCCAGCCAUAUCUCAGACCCCCAUGGACUCCCCUGCUCUCCUUCAGGCACUAAAGCAGGUACCACCCCUCAGCCUGGAAACCAAAGAAUGAGAAAUGAAGAAACAGGUGAAGGGACAAUGCCUUUUCUGAUAGCCAGUGGCAGUAAGGGGAAAACCUGACUGAGCUGUUUGUAAUCUAUAAUCAUCUUCUAUUUUCCUCAUCUGGAGGUCAGAUAUUACCCAUCCACACUGGGAGGAAUGCAAAUCUCUGGCUGAAUGUUUAAAGCUCAGUGGUUUUUUUCCUCGUUUAUUGAUGUAUUGUCUGAACCCAAACUGCCCUGCACAUGCAUACACAUUGGCUGAAUGUAAUGAAAGAAGUCUUUAAGAUGCUGCUGUUGAAAUGUUAACGCCUAUGACAGUUAUUCAUCUCACUCUGUACUUGUGACAAAGACUUGCCAUGUUGUACUUUAGAGAACGUUUUGCACCAAAAUAGUAAUGAAUCACCCAAACUAUGAUGCCUAUGUCCUUUGUGCACCAUUCUGAUCACUGAAAGGCCCUUUAGCUCAACAUUGAUUACUAUAAACACCCAGAAGUUCUGAAGUGUGUACAGAAUGGGUCAGGAGACAGCCUUAGCAGAUGAAGGGAUAGGCCACUGUAUGGCCAAAACAAGUCACUUGUCUUGUUUAUUGUGUGUGUUGAUGAACUGAGAGGGAUUUCUGUAAUUACUGUUCAUAGAUUUCUUGUAUAUAUUUCUAUUUUUGAUACCUGUGCUUGCACUCUGCACUCAGGCAGCCGUAGAAAGCGCAGAGUGUGGACGAUGUUGUGUACUCAGAAGUGUACAUUCUGUAGCACUGUGAUGGACCUGGUCUGCGUACUCAACGUGUUUCUGCUCAAGUCAAACCUGGUGUUUGUUCUUGCUGUUGCAUUUUACUUGUGAGAAGCUGAUAAACUGCAGUUUAUUCUCUGUACAAUUUAUUAAAGCUGGAGUCAAAGAUAUGAGGGAGGAGGGUGAAGUGAAUGUAAGUUUUAACAGAAGAUUAGUUUUUUAUGGAAAGUAAGGUACUUAAAGUUUUAUAUUUUGGGACCUAUAGAACGAUGUUUGUUGUACAUAUUUUGUCUAUAAAUGUUGAUAUAAAUCAGAUAUGUGUAUUAAUAAAGUAUUUUUCCCAUG